UGUUUCAGAAGAAUGAAAGACGCACAAGCACUGUAUUUGAUAUUUCUUAUUACAAAGUAUUUAAAAAGUAUUUACUAUUCUUGGGACAGUUUCCAAAUCAAUCGCGAUGGAGCAGCAAAUUUAAUGUAACCGUGAUGACAGGCAGUCUAUUGACAUUCUAUUUUCCAGCGUUUGCACAAAUUUUUACGUCAUUAUACGAAAAUGAUUUGGGAGGGAUGUUGGAAGGCAUGCCUGUAGUGGCUUCGGUAUCAGCUGUUUUAAUAAAAUUGCUAAAUCAUGAAAUUUACAAGAAAAAUUUUGAAAAAAUGUUCGAUGUUAUAAAGAAAGACUGGAAAUUGUUAAACGAUAAGAGUCAAACACAUAUUCUUGAGGAAAUUACUAAGCAAGGAAAUAAGAUUGGUGAAAUAUAUAGAACUUUUGUAUUGUCGUGUAUGUCAGGAUUUAUAGUCAUUCCGUUAUACCCUGCAUUCUUAGAUAUCAUCAUACCGCUCAAUGAAACUCGCCAAAGACAUCAAAUGUUCAGACUGACGUACUUUCUAGAUGAAAAUCGGUACUUUUAUCCUAUAUAUUUUCAUUCACUUUGGUGUUCAUUCGUAACAGUGAUGAUUGCAGUCACUAUCGAUUCAUUGUAUAUACAGAUCGUUCAUCACGAUUGUGCCAUAUUUGCUAUAUGUGGGCAGAACAUUAUAACAGCAACAGGAUCUACUGGUGUUCGUAUAAAUGAAACUUACACUGAACGGUUUAGACAAUGCUUGACCAUGCAUAAGAAUGCCCUACAAUUAUUCGAGAUGUUAGAUGACAGCAGCCGCAGGAGUUUCUUUUUCCAAAUUUUGCUAACUAUGGUCGGCAUGACCAUAACAGCCGUACAAGCAGUAAUAAAUCUGCAUCGACCCGAGGAAGCUCUCAGAAUUGGACUGUUUCUUGUGGGCCAACAAUUCCAUUUGCUUAUUAUUACCCUACCUGGUCAAGUAAUCACGGAUCAUAGUUUCGAGUUGACUAAUGAUAUAUACCGCUCAAUGUGGUACAACAUGCCAAUAAAUGUUCAAAAAGUACUUCACAUGAUGCAAAUGAGAUCUAGUAAACCAUGUAAGUUGACAGCAGGAGGGAUAUACGAAAUGAACAUAGAGAAUUUUGGAAUAACAUUUAAGACAUGCGUAUCAUACUUCAUGGUGCUCCUAUCAUUGAAAGACUAAUUCGUUCUCGGAAGAAGUUCAUCCUGCCAAUCCUGCUUUUGAUGUAAAAGAAUACCGAACAAUGAUCAACUAUUGAUACGAAUAUGGCAAUGUGUAUCUACAUAGUAGCUAGUUAGAUAUGUAUAAUAAAAAGGUGUAAAUCAAUGUAUGGUACAAUAAAUAAACGUACUCAUAAGCAAGGCGUUUAUUUCGGUAUUACUGUUUAAGCAUGAAAACAAUAUUGUCUUGUCUUUUUACUUUGUUCUUUCAUUAAUUUCAAUAAAAUAGCACAAAACGCUAAUACUAUUUUCUAAGUAAAAUACAUAACGAUACUUGUAUUAUGAUCUCAUGUUUGUCAGUUUUUAUAAUUUCAAAUUCAAUGCUCAUAAGCCCAAAAUAAAUUGGGGAAACGAAACUUAGCAAGAUCAUUUUUUGUGAAGAAACAAACAUUUUAAACUUGUGAA